AUGGCGGAUACACAAGGCGAGAGCUCCACCCAGCAGAGAGUCACUCGACCACGCAGAAAGAGGGCGGCAGAUGUCGACAAUGAUGAGCCUGAAGCAUCCACAGCAGUGAUUGCAGAUGAAAAACAAGCAAAGCCACGAGCUGUCAAGGUGGCCAGAACACAGGUGACUGAAGAGGAAGACGUUGCCAAACAGCGCUUGAAGCUGAGAAAAGUCGCACAAGAGACGAAAGGCAUCAUCCCGUUCAUCUUGACGUUGAUGCCCCAAGCUCCGCCCGAUGCAACCUAUUAUUCGACUAUAGGAGUGCCUCCGUUGGAUCGGAAAUACUGCCCCAAAGUGCAAACGCUGGUGAAAGUGGUAGAAGGGGAUACUUUCGAUACUGCAAUCAAUCUCGCCAAUGCUGCCCAGUUCCUCAAUCACAAGGAUACCACACCUGUCUGCGUUCUGAAUAUGGCAAACGCGACGCAUCUGGGUGGAGGUUGGGAGGGUGGAGUAAUGGCUCAAGAAGAAGCGCUCUGUUUCCGGAGUUCCCUCAGCGCGACUCUUAACCCGGACUUUUAUCCCAUGGAACCCCUGGGUGCCGUUUACUCGCCGAGCGUUGUUAUCUUUCGGGAAAACGUGCUGAAAGACCACCGCUGGAUGGAUUUGGGAAAGACUGAGUGGCUCCCCAUUGUCAGUAUCAUCAGUAUGGCAGCGAUGAUCCAACCGUCACUUGAUGAGACCGUGAAACCGCCCAAAUAUAAGAACCAAAAGGAUCGAGAAUUGACGAAAGGCAAGAUGCGACUCGUUCUGCGCAUGGCAGCAAUUCACAAUCAUCGGAGGCUGGUCUUGGGCGCUCUCGGCUGUGGUGUUCUUCGGCAUCCCAAGGAAGAGGUCGCACAUUGUUGGUUGGAGGUCUUGCAAGAGACGGAAUUCAAGGAAUGGUUUGAAGCUAUCGUUUUCGCCGUCUAUGAUGGCCCCCAGCAGAAAGCUUUGGGUAUUGGCAAUUUCCGGACAUUUCACGAAAUCUUGGAUGGAGCCCAAUUAUGA